GGCAGCCACGCUACUCAACGUUUCUGGCAGCAAUGGUUGCGAAUACUGCCGCCCAGAAUUCAGUACAAACUGUUUUGACGCGUCUGUCGCGUGACGCAAUACUGUACACACAUAAAUCGGCCUUCAGCGGCGACUCACUUACAGACAUCCAGAAAUUUGUGUGGCUGCUCUACUACGCGGCCUUUAGAGCAUCUCUUUACUCUUGUGCGAAGGCUGUCUGCGUCAGCUGUUCAUACGCGAAACAACAGAAAAUGGUCCGACAAAUUCGUAUAUAUCUCGACAAUCCUGUAGCGACGUAUUACGGAGGCGAUACCGUGACGGGAAAAGUAGUUGUCAAAACAGACGAAGAGGAAAAAAUUCGCUAUAUUUCUGCAAAAUGUAGAGGUGAAGCAAAUGUAAGGUGGACCAGACGAGUGAGAAGAAGAGGCCAUACCAAGCAUAUCAGAUAUUCAGCACACGAAAACUACUUUGAAACAAAAUAUUACUUUGUUGGAGGUCCAUCUGAGGAGCUCAUACUUCCACCAGGAGAGCAUGUAUAUAAUUUUUCUGUCAAACUCCCAGAAAAUUUACCAUCGUCAUUUGAAGGCACAUACGGCCAUAUUCGUUACACAAUCAAAGCAAAAAUGAACCGUCCAUGGGCAUUUGAUGAAAAAGUCAAAGCUUUCUACACUGUGUUAUCACAUUUAGAUCUGAAUACAGAUCCUUUGGUCAAGGAACCUGUAUCUCAAGUCACUGAGAAAACUCUGUGCUGCUGCUGGUGCAGAUCCGGCCCUUUAACAUUAGUUGCUAAAGUUCCAGCUACAGGAUUUGUCUCUGGACAAGAAAUACCUGUGACAGUAGAGGUUGAUAAUGCAACUGAAGAAACAAUAAGUGCUGUUACAUGUUCUCUAAAGAAGAAUGUGUGUUUCACUGCCCAUUCACCUCGUAAGGAAACAAAGAGAAUAACAGACAAAAUGGAGACUAUUGUGUAUGAACCUGUGGGGCCAAAUGCAUCUAGAACUUGGACCAGAAAGUUGAAAAUUCCUAGUUUGCCUCCAUCCAAUUUGAAUAACUGCAGUAUCAUUGAUCUUGAUUACUUUUUGCAUGUUAAAGCUGUUAUCAAUGGGCCCCACAGAAACUUACAUGUAAACAUCCCAAUAAAAUUAGGAACAAUUCCACUCUUGAGCUACAUACCACCUCCAUUAUCCAAACAGAUAAUGAGCUCCACCAUUCAGAUUCCUCAACUCCCCUCCUUGCAAGAUGCCCCUGUCAAAUUUCCACAGUCAUCCGCAGCUUCGGCACCAUGUCCACCACCUCAGACACAGUACUCUACUGCACCAUGUUCCUCCAAUAUUGCAGCUGUCAUGCCACCCAGCACAAGUCAGCAGGGUAUGACAGAUGGACUGUCAAAUGAGUUAAACAUAGUUCCAUCUGCGCCACCCCUGCCAUACCCAGAAGUUCCGCCUCCUUCUUAUGAAGAAUGUGUGUAUGGAGCCAGUAAUAUUGAUGACGAAGAAGAUGCAAGACAUUAUCAGGAUGAUAACAGAUUUGUUCCAAGGUAUCCCACAUACAAUCUACAUUUUGAAAAGUACUCUGGAUCAUGAGAAUUUGGUUCUGAUCAUAUUGUGCUUUUGAUGCAAGGCUUUCUGGACUAAUGUUCUAGAGGAAAGAAAUACUGAAUGUCUGCAUUUUCCUAUAAACUACAAUUUAUGAUCACAAUAGAGGUGCAGCCAUCCUACAGGGCCAUGAAAUAUCAUUCCUUGUUUGGCUAAAGCAUGUAUCUGCUUGUCUGUCAUGCUUUUUACAAGGGUAAGGCAAUGGUUGUUCUUGUUCUCUCAUGUAAUUAUACUCAUUUAAUUUACAGCCUAAUAUUGGAAGUUCAGUAUUAUACUGAAUUAUACAGAAGUUGUUAACAUUUAUUAUAAUUGUAAAUGACUAUACUGGCACAUUUUAAUUUUUGUGGUGUGACUGUUGAAAUCAGCCCAAUAGUAUUUUGUCUGUAUAGUUUUUCUUGAAGAAUUUAUGGGCAUGAAUGGAACAAAUACAUUUCCAGUUAUGUGACUGGGAAAAUUUAGUUGGCAGACUUCACACAGAGAAGGGCACCAUUGUUGUAAUUUGUGAGCUCUAACUUUACAACUGUGAACAGUUUUCAAGCUUUUUUAAUUUUCUUUCCAUUUGACCAGUUAGCUCUUUGCCUGUAGCUGAUUACUUUGCACACUCUCUUUCUGUGUAUUAUUAAAUGACAUCAUGAAUAAUUGUAUAAUUUAAGUGAUUCCUGUUUGUCACUAUUUUCUGUAUACAACCCUCAACUGAAUUAGAUCCAUGCAAUAACAUGAGUUUAGUGUGUUGCUAAACUGUUACUAUAGAGUGUUUUUAUGCUGAUGCAUUCCUAACAACUAUAAUAAAACAAAAGUUGGCUACUUUAGUACUUAAUAAAGCAAAUUUUUCAACAAGGGCAUUCUUUGGUAUCUGGUUAUAGAGGAAACAUUCUGACUACAGUUCAUUAACCACUGUAAUUUCAGAUUUCCAUGUAACAAAAUACUUCUCAAAUAUCAUAUACUGCUUAUAUUUUAUGACUAGACUGGUCAUUAAGUUUUAUAAUGCUUUCAAAAGAAAUAUCCCCACACAUAAUCUUGUUCUGUUUAUUCCCUCAAGAUAAAUGAAUAAGAAAUGGGACAAGAAUAAUUACAAAAAAAAAAAAAAAUUGAAGUCAAUUUUAAGUAAUUAAAAAUGCAUUUUUGUAGAUGUCUUUAACCUUUUUUCGCACAAAAAGUCAUUGGUACUGGGAUAUUGUUGUAAACUUUUGUCUAGACUCUAGAGUAAUGGUUUCAUCCAAUAUCAUUCAGUGUAAAGAUAGAUAUUGUCAUAUUACAAUCAACUUAUUUUAUUUUGUACUACAGGUUUUAGUAUCUGCAUUAACCGUAUCAAAAAAUAAUUCUAGUAAAGUUAAUUAAUGCUAAAAACAGGCAGUCUCAUCAUGAGACACUAGAGACAAGCACAAUAAAAAAAGUCAGAAACUGUAUGAGUUCAUACGUUUUAUGUCUCACUGUGACACAGAUUUUCUACUGCCUUAAUUUAGCACCGUCUAAAGGUUAAAUUGGGUUGCUUUUCUCAGAUUUGCCCAUUUCUCAUUGAGAAAGUGCCAUUCCUGGAAUAGUUUUGUUUCACUUACCUCAUCUUAUUCCGUAACAUUUUAUACUGAGACUAGUCAUUCUUGGACCACCAGGCUACAUAUUUCAUUAAGAGCACUUUUCACAUGAGUUACAUAUUAUUAAUGAUAGAUAUUCUUUGUAGCAAAUCAUGUUUCCAAGCACCAGAUACAUACAUCACAGAAAUUUAGCUCUACUGAAUUUGUUCACACUUGGAAGUAACACACAUCAAACAUAUUUAACAACCAGAGAUAUACAUAUGAUACAGUACAAAAAUACCCAUCUUUAGCAAGGUGAAGCCCAUGAAGAGCAUAAUAUAGAAUUGUUAUUCUUUCAAUUACUUAUUAUGUUACUGUUUCUAACCUCAUCAUAAUAUGUUGCAUUGUAUGUAGUAUUAGCAUUGUGUGAAAAAAUAAAUAUUCAAGAAUAUCUGUUUUUACAUAUGUAUUAUGCAUGUAAUAAAUUUUAUGAAAUCUACACUCAGUAUCAAUACUAAACAAGUUCGUCACUGUGACAAUAUACUGUUUUCUUGUGUAUGAAUUUAUAUUUUUGAUAGUGUGUAUUGUUAUACUAUGGAUAUUUUAUAUGGAGUAAAAGUUUCCUGUGAAUUUUUUAUACUGAAUAUGUACUUCAUAUAAAUAAAGAAGGAAGUAAUUUUCUG